AUGGCCUCAAGCACAACGGCCACCGAGACGGAACCUCUCAUCAACCCAAAUCCGACUCUGCAGUCUUACUAUGCAUCACUCGAGUCACGAAUUGGGUAUCGCUUGGUCCUUGGAGGGACUAGGCACUUCGGUUACUGGGAGCGCGACACGUAUUGGCCUUUCCCAGUCAGCCGUAGUCUCCGGCGCAUGGAGGACAAGAUGGCUGAAGUUCUUGACCUUCCAAAGGGGGCAACGGUCUUGGACGCUGGCUGUGGAAAUGGACAUGUCGCGCGGCAUCUCGCUGGAAAGCAUGGUCUGAAAAUUGAGGCUUUCGAUGUCGUCGAGCGCCAUGUGCAGAGGGCUCGUAAAUCAAUCAAAGACGCGGGUCUCGAAGCUUCUGUUACGGUCAAUCGACGAGACUACCACCACCUCGAGUCACUUGCAGAUCAGUCUUUUGACGGUAUCUAUACCAUGGAGACAUUGGUACACGCUACCGAUCCGGAAUCCGUUCUUGCCGGUUUCUACCGGUUACUCAAGCCAGGCGGUCACAUUUCCAACUUUGAGUACGACCAUCACUUCACUGACGGCUCCCCAUCAGACAUGGUCGACAACAUGCGCAAAAUCAACGAGUGGGCUGCGAUGCCCACCAACGACCGUUCUAACCCUGGCGUAUUUAAGCAGCUAUUGGAAGAAGCGGGCUUCGUCGAUGUGCAAGUCCGAGACUUCUCGGAGAACAUUCGCCCAUUGUGCCGCCUCUUUUUCCUCCUUGGGAUUGUCCCCUACUUGUUCAUCAAGUUUUUUGGCCUGGAAAAACACUUCAUCAAUACUGUAGCUGGCGUUGAGACCUACCGCGGCAAGGGUCGUUGGCGGUAUGUUGCCAUUUCGGCUAGGAAACCGGGUGGUACCAUCGAGGCUCCAAAAUCUCGAUAA